AUGGAGAAGGCAGCCGAGGAGAAGGACAGUAGUAGUAGCAGCAGCUUGGUGGCGGCGAUCGAGAUGGACAAGACACUCGGGUACUCUAUGCGAGGAGGAGAGAAGCUGAGGGGAGAGGGGUCCGUUAGCAGCGGCUCGGUGGUGGAGAUACAAGAGGUGGAGAAGAUGGCAGAGCACUCCGGGGGAGCAAAUGAGGAGCUCAUGGAUGGUUCCGAGGAGAAGGGCAACUAUAGCAGUUGGGUGGUGGAGAUGGAGAAGCAACUCAAGGACACCAGGCCAUCCAUGGAGAUGGCGCGGUGGAAGCAGCGCUCCAUCUAUCGGGUGCCGGAGUUUAUCAAGAAGAUGACCAACAGAGAUGCCUACCAGCCACAGUUGAUGUCGCUGGGGCCCUUGCACCACGGCGAGCCCCACCUCCUGCCCAUGGAGGAGCACAAGGGACGGGCGGUGCUGCACAUGGUUAACUGGGUCGGGAAGCCUCUAACGGAGUUCGUCGUAGCAAUUGAGGAAGUGGCGGAUGAGCUCGAGGCCGCCUACGAUGACCUUGAUGGUAGGUGGCGUGGAGUGAACAGGGGUAGCUUCGUGCAGAUGAUGGUCACGGAUGGAUGCUUCCUGUUGGAGCUGAUGAGGAUACAGCAAAGUCUAUACGAGGAUGGGGGGCUAGAUACUGGUUACACGGCCAACGACCCCGUUUUCAGCAGGCACAGCUUUCUUAGUUUGUGGCCAAUAAUGAAGAACGACAUGAUCGCCAUGGAAAACCAAAUACCUCUAACCGUUCUGCAGAGAAUCUUGUUUGCUAGCCGGAGUGGCACACCCCCGAGUGCUCGAGAGAUCAACGAUAUCGCGCAACUACUUCUUCGUUGUGGCCCACGAUUUGAGGAAGGCUUGGACAACCUAGGCCUCCAUUUCCUGGACAUUCUUCGCAAAAGCUAUUGUGGCACCACUCCACAUUGGCAAGCGUCGGACGAUGAGUAUGAGCCUCGCACGCCCUGUGCAGUUGAGUUGAGCGAGGCAGGGAUCCAGUUCGAAAAAACAAAUACGGAAAACAUUCACGACGUUGACUUCGUAAACGGCGUGCUGAGCAUGCCGCUGUUAACGUUCUAUGAUCAAACGGAGGGGGAGCUCCUCAACCUGAUGGCAUUUGAGUGGCUACAUCCUGACGCCAAACACGAUGUGAGGUUCUACGUCUGCUUCGUGGACAAACUUACCGAGUCAGAAAGAGAUGUGGCACUUCUCAGGUCCAAAGGGCUCUUGAUAAACAUGGUAGGCAGCGACAAGGUGGUGGUGGAGAUGUUCAACACCCUCACCAAGUUAGUACGGACGCCGCCCCGAGGCAGCAGGCUAGGCCACGUGCAAUGGAAGGUGAACGACCACUGCAGGAAGCGCCGGAACAAAUGGCGCGCCAUGUUCAUGAACAACUACUUCAGCAACCCCUGGGUGUUCAUCUCCCUCGUGGCCGCCGUCAUCCUGCUCAUCGCCACCAUCAUGCAGACCAUUAUUAUUUGUAGUGAGAUUGUGUUACUGUGA